UAAGUCACAUGAAGUCUUUGCUCAUAUCUUCAUCUGUAGUUUUUUGCUGAAAGUGACAUAACACAAGGAUUUUUAUACAAGUUUUGGUGAGUUACAGGAGCUUGUAAUACUUGGAUUACUGAUUCUGCCAGCUUGUUCUAUAUCUGUAUGGCUCCGAAAAUAAUUGGUCUUGUUUCCAAAUUAUUUUCAUGCAUCCACUGUCAAAACAACUGUGGGAGUGGGCAUGCUUCUUUAGCAGCCUUGUAGGUGCCAAGGAACAAAUAUGGAUUCCUCCUUUCUUUCAAGAAGCAACAUAUGAGGGAUCUGAAGGUUGACCUGUGUUAAUAGGUCAAUGCAGAGAUCUUGUUUCUGAUCAUUCUUCUAAAUACUAUACUGAUUUGGAGAUGGGGGGCGUCUUUGAAAAACUUUCUUAAAGCUAGUUGGUGGUGAUGCCUCAGUAUAUGACAUUACCUACUCACACAGCUACUGUGGAACAAAGAAGCAAGUGAGGGCAGCACUUGUUUGGGAGAGUGAUGGUAUCUGGAUUGACUAUGGUGAUUGGGAUGAAAGGAGCUCGGUCGGGAUGCUAGAGGAGUCCCCAUGCGAGGUCAAAGGGUAAGCAGCAGUCGCUAGUUAAGCAGCUUUUUUUCUGCAUCAGUGUGCAGACUGAGUUGUCUGGUUGUAACUCAUGAUGUACUUACUUCCUAGAAAAGUUGAAUCUGAUCAAAAUACUUCAGAUUUGCUUAUUACAGUGACUGCUAACACUUGUCUGUGGUGGCAUAUUGCAUGUAACAGAAUUGCUCAAAGACAAGACAGGGUGGGAGUGCAUAUAAACAAUGUGAAAAACACAACUGAAACAAGGCUAGGAUAUUAGAGAGACUCAAAAGCUACUUUAUUCUGUCUCUGAUAAAGGCAGAAGCAGAUCUAAAAUGCUUGACCCUGGGUCACUUUAACUGUCAGGCCUUAGGCUGUGCAGGAGAUGUGUGCUAGCUUUUUUUUUAGCAUCCAUAAUGGCUUGUGAAGAAAGCUUUUCAGAAUAAGAGGCAUAGAAAAUAGACGGUUAAUAGUGUUCCAGUCCAUUUUUCUGUGAGAAACAAGAGCCUUCCUUACAAUAAGCACUCUUUCCCUUACUGCUCUGUCGAGCCUAGUUCAGGUCGACUAGCAUUUUGGCUGCCAUUAAGAAGCUGCUCUGCUGUGCUGGAUACAGUGUACAGUGGAGAACACAGCCGUGUUACUGAAAUGGAAAAAGAUGGCAAAGCCUUUCAUCCAACAUAUGAAGAAAAACUCAAACUUGUGGCGCUGCACAAGCAGGUUCUGCUGGGACCUUACAACCCUGACACUUGCCCUGAAGUUGGAUUCUUUGAUGUACUGGGGAAUGAUAGAAGGAAGGAAUGGGCUGCCCUUGGAAACAUGUCAAAGCAAAAAGCUAUGACAGAAUUUGUUAAGCUCCUGAAUAGGUGCUGCCACUUGUUUUCAACAUAUGUCACUUCCCACAAGAUAGAGAAAGAGGAACAAGAAAAGAAAAGAAGAGAAGAGGAAGAACGAAGGCGGCGUGAAGAGGAGGAGCGUGAGCGUUUACAAAAAGAAGAAGAAAAACGUAGGCGAGAAGAGGAGGAAAGACUGAGAAGGGAAGAAGAAGAGAGGAGGAGAAUAGAGGAGGAACGACUUCGGAUGGAACAACAAAAGCAACAGAUAAUGGCAGCACUGAACUCCCAGACUGCCAUUCAGUUCCAGCAGUAUGCAGCCCAGCAAUAUCCGGGCAACUAUGAACAGCAGCAGAUCCUAAUUCGGCAGCUCCAGGAACAGCAUUAUCAACAAUACAUGCAGCAGUUGUAUCAAGUCCAGCUUGCACAGCAACAGGCAGCCUUACAGAAACAGCAGGAGGCGGUUGUGGCAGCAACAGGGACACCUCUGACUACUGCAUCGAAGGUGAAUGCACCUGCCCCAGGGGACACCCCAUCUAUUAAUGGGCAGGCCAGUGCACAUGCAGACAGCCCUGAAAAAGAGCUGGAUCCAGAGGCUUUGGAAGAAGCACUGGAGAAUGGACCAAAAGAUUCUGUUCCAGUGAUAGCUGCCCCAUCAAUGUGGACAAGACCCCAGAUAAAAGACUUCAAGGAAAAAAUCCGGCAGGAUGCAGACUCUGUAAUCACAGUUGGCCGAGGAGAAGUGGUUACAGUUAGAGUACCAACUCAUGAAGAGGGGUCUUACCUCUUUUGGGAGUUUGCUACAGACAAUUAUGACAUUGGUUUUGGGGUGUAUUUUGAAUGGACAGACUCCCCUAAUACUGCAGUCAGUGUGCAUGUCAGCGAAUCCAGUGAUGAUGAGGAUGAAGAGGAAGAAAAUACUAGCAGUGAAGAAAAAGCCAAAAAGAAUGCCAGCAAGCCUCAGCUAGAUGAAAUAGUGCCUGUGUACAGACGAGACUGUCACGAAGAAGUGUAUGCUGGCAGCCACCAGUACCCAGGGAGAGGAGUUUAUCUUCUUAAAUUUGACAACUCCUACUCUCUAUGGAGGUCAAAAACAGUUUACUACAGAGUUUAUUAUACUAGAUAAAGGUGUGGCUGUGUCUGAGGCUGGGCUGUGCAGAAGAUGUCAUUUUAUUUGGAAUUUUCUUCAAGCAUAAUGGAUCCUUUUGAGUCUGUGUUUUAUCCUGUCUGUAUCUGUAUGGUUUGUGUGAACUUUAACAAGUAGACACUGGGAUCUUCCUGCUCCGUGACACUAAUGCAUAUUGCAUUGGGCUUAACACAGGAUCUCCCUAGCCCUUUUGGGUAUUGGAGUUAACCAAUGGAAGUCAUUGGCUCCAGUGCUAAGGUCACAUCAGUUGCAUUUGUUAAAGCCUCAUGAAAGAGGGGGAGGGAGUUGCUGGCUCACUGGCUGGGUGAUCUGAUGUUUCCAGGUCUGGAUGCUUUGAAUAACUUGUUAACGGUUAAUUUAAAGGUCCCAUCAAUAACUGAUAGAUUUGGAUGCAGUUUGCUGUGUAGCAAGUUUCUCUUAACUGUAAUUGAAUGUCAGAUUUGUACACCAUUAAAACUUGAAACUUUAAGUUGAUGCAGUUUAGAAACAAGUUGUCUCACUUCUGUCCUCAUCAAAGAAGAAACAUUCAGUUUUUUAAACCAGUGUAGUGGCUAAGACAAGGAUGAACAGCAUCCUGAAAGUACAGCAAAUAACCUCUUCUGAAGAUGUAAACUGAAUGAUGAUUAAAAGUAUAUGUAACAAGAACAACCUUAAUCUCUCUGCCCCGGUGCUAACCCUAGAAUAAAAAAAAGUCAUUUUUUGAGGCAAUUGACUUUGAACCAGGGCACAAACUGUUUCUAAGUUUCGUGGGUUUUUAAUGGGGGGUAGACUUUAAAAAAAAAAAAAAGAUAUAUAUCUACAAACCUGAAACCAGUUUUCUGCACAACGUUCUGGUUUGGUUUUUUUUGUAAAACCUGAAUAAGCAUGUUGCGCGUCUGAAGAACAGUAAGUCACUUUGAUAAAGUAUAGGAGUUAAUGCUGCACUAAUUAUGGAAAUCGCUGCCAGUCCAUUUUAGUAUGAACUGGUGAUACUUGGGUGCAGACUUUCUGCUUUAAUCUGUAACUGUCUGCAGAAAGCCAGAGUGCACAUACUUAAUAAUGUAGCUUUAAUCUCAAUUUCAUAUGGUUUGGUUGGGGCAUUUCAUAUUUUGUAUAGUGGAAAAAUGCAGGUGGCUGCUUGACUUGAGGCUGCAGUAAGAAUCUGCUCUCCUUGGAGCCCUGCACCCCAGGGGUGAUGCGUUGCAAUGAUGACUUGCGUAAGUGCUCUCUGCAUGGGUAAUGCACUAUGUUACUGAAAGAAAAUGGUUACUUUGGGUCUCUCGGAUCAGUUCUUGCAGUAAGACUUCCAUUGAUUAGCUGCAGCAUGUACAGUUCCACGGCAAAUGAUGUUGAGUUUGUGCGAUUUGUUUGAAUAAUCAGUUUGUACAUACAUGAUACUUUACUUUUCUCAUACCAACCAUGGAGAUAUUUCUCCUAGAGUGCUUAACUUGUCAUCUUGCGUUUGGUUCAGCAACACCGUACCAGCUUAUAGCUAGUUAGUGCUGCUUUAUCCAAAAACACUGUACAAUGUUCUGCUUUUGUGUACAUACAGUAUAUAAACCAUGAAUUUAGAAAGUACCUUGCUUUUAAAGAAAACUGUAUUUAAUGUAAAAAAACUUUUAAAAAGGCAGGCACUAAUAUAUUUCUUCCGGUCUUCAAUUUUAAAUUUUUUUUGUCCAUACAAAAAAUGUUACGACUUCUUCCUCUAAGAAUAUCUGUUCUUGGGAGCGGUGUUUGUUGCUUUAAAUGGCAGCACUUACUGUCAUGUGUUGGAUGUUAGAACUUCUACGUUUUCAGACUUUUUUUAUUGCCUCUGGCUGUUGAUUAGUACAGUACAAGUGCGAUUUCAAGAUACCUUGAGAUAGUAUUUAAUCCUAAUUAAAAUACAUUUAUCUGUAA